CGCGAACCAUUCACCAUAAACACCAGAUCAGACAGCAUCAAAUUCUCACUUACGCAGUAACGAACAAUACUCUACAUUCUGUACAUGCCCGAGGAAAAACCACCACAAUGAGGAUGGCCACCGGACAACUGCUCCUGUUUGCGACGGCACUGGCCGCAUCGAUCGGAUGGUCAAGCGCGACGGAAUCUUCGAAGGUACCCGAGGGAGGGACGCAGUACCCCCACUUCAUCGCCAUGAACGAGACCAUGACCUGCGUGGAGGACAAGCACUCGACCCCCUUCAACACACAGGUGCGGGGGGUCAACCUCGGCGGCUGGAUGGUCCUGGAGCCGUGGAUCACCCCGUCGCUGUUUUACCAGUUCCUGGGCCGGACCAAUGAGAGCGAGAUCGGAAUGGACACCUACACCUUCUGCCAGGUCCUGGGGCCCAAAGAAGCCAACCGCCAGCUGCGCCGGCACUGGGAAACCUGGGUGACGGAAGAGAUCAUCGAGAAGCUGGCGAACUCCGGCAUCAAUUCGCUCCGCCUCCCGGUCGGGGACUACAUGUACAAGCCGUACGGGCCCUACGUAGACGGGUGCUUCGAUGGGGCACUGGACUACGUGGACACUCUCCUGGACUGGUGAGUCGAACAAAAAUGUGUCGGAAGGAAGGACGGUGCAAGGAUUUUUGUUGGUUUCUGGAUUUUUAACGAAUGUUUUUCUUGGAAUUGUCGUUGUCGUCGUCACACAGGGCGUAUUCCUACGGAUUGUCCGUGCUGAUCGAUAUCCACACCAUGAAGGACAGCCAGAACGGUUUCGACAACUCCGGCCAGUCCAUGGGUUUUCAGUGGACGACGGCCUUGAACCGCGAGUACACCCAGGACCACACCUUUGAGCACUGGCCGAUUCGCGACGCGAGAUGGAUCGGAACCUUCGACCAGGAGACGGCGUCGUAUUCCUCGAUCAACUACGACAACAUUCGGCAUUCCCUUGAGGUGAUCGAGAGGAUUGUGGAUCGGUACAAGACGCACCCGACCGUCCAGGGCAUCGAGGUAGGUGUUCGGAUGCAACCAUUUUUCGGCACUGGGAAAAUCUUUUUUUGCUUUCUCUCACCCUUUGCGCAAUUUCUACAACGACAAAUUUUUACAAAAUCCCAAGCCCGUAAACGAACCGUGGCAGUACACACCUAUCGAGGUCCUUAAGGUGAGUAUAAAGCACAAUGGUCGUCUACGAGUUCAAGCCGGAAGCGAGGAAAGAUCAUGGUAUGGAACGUAUUCGUUAUACUCAAUAAUUGUCUCCGCGUCAUCUUUGUCUAUUCCUUAUACAGAGGUUCUAUUGGGAAGGAUACCUGAUCGUCAAAAGUAAGUGACGGACCGAUUCCAUUACCUACACAAAAAUUCCACUUUUUCAUUUUCCCUUUUUCUAACCAUCGAUGUUCCAUGAUUCGCAGAAAACGCACCGUAUUGGAAAUACGUAAUGCACGACUCCUUCCGAUUGGAUGCGAGUGUUUGGGGCGGCUUCAUGGCCGGGUAAGUGUUCCGUAGUAUCAAAGAAACACACAUGGAGGAUAGUGUACCGGGCGAUUUUUCAUCGCGUUCUAACGGCAUCGAGGCUCCUUUCUUAUUUUUUUCGAUUCGUUCUCCGUGCUACAGAUGUCCCGAGCGAGCGCUGGACACGCACAUCUACCAGGCCUGGAAAGAUCCCGACUCCCGCAUCGGCUUCUUCAAGGACGCAUGCAACAACAAACAGGCCAUCCUCAAUCUAGAGCGCGAAUUUGGCCCGGUCAUUGUCGGGGAAUGGAGUUUGGCCACCGAGUAAGUUUUCGCUGUUGCAAAUGUUCCUACAGAUCCCAAUCAAAGAGGGGGUUAUUUCAUGUUGUGCUCGUUCGAUGGUUGGUUGCAAUCAUGGUUGGUCCCUGCACAUGAUCCAUUGGAUUGAUUCGAUUCGAUUCGAUUCGAUUCGAUUGCUCACACAUUCCGCACUGCUGUUUUUUCAUAGCAACUGCGCCAUGUGGCUGAACGGGUUCAACGACAACCUCCCGGGAUUCCCGCGGUCCCCCUGCAAGUACAUCCCGUGCUCGCCUCCCUACAUGGGGGAGGGCUACCAGCCGGGGACCCCGAUCGAUCCCACCAUGCCGAUGCAGGGGCCCUACGGAACCGGUAUGAGCGGCCCGAGCUUCGGGAUGUGCCCGGUCGGCCGCGACUGGAUCAAGGAAAAGAACCCGCUGACGGGCCGCGACUGGGUGGAGGCCCCACCCAAGGCUCCGUCCCACUACGAUGACACCGACAGCGUCAUGACGCUCCUGGCCUACAAAAAGAUCAGCGCCUACUCCGGCGUCGGGCACGGGUUCUACUUCUGGAACUUUCGCACCGACGUCGACGAGCCGCACUGGUCGUACCUGCUGGCCCUCGAGAAGGGCUGGAUACCGCAGGGGAGCUUCAACGACCCGAAAAUCCAGAACGCGUGCCGGAGCGAGGACGAGAUGGCCUACACCUGCCAGGUCAAGCGCGACAUGCCCGACAACAGCCUGCUCAAGGCGGUGAAGUACAUUCUGGAGCAGAAGAACGGAACGGAGACUGACCUGGAAAAAUCGGUGGUGGACAUGACCGGAAAGGAACUGAGCGAUGCCGCCAACGACAUGAUCAUGGAGUUCUUUGACAAAAACAAGUUGUCGGGAGUAACCUGUGAUUUCGGUGGAGUCGCCAUGCUGCUGGAGGAGAACCGCACCGUGACCGACGACGACUUUGUGGAUUGGGACGUGGCAUAUUUUGGCACCGUCACGAACGUGAGCGGACCCACUUGGUGGGAGCUGGCCGGAAUCAUCACGUUUGGAAUCCUCGUCGGUUCCGCACUUGGGUUCAUUCUCGGCAUGCGCUUCAACAAGGGAUUCAACCACUACUUCCAGAAGACGGCCAUCGGAAGGCGGAUCACGCAGUCCAACAACGUCGGGCUGAAGAAGACCCUGUCGAUCACGGCCCUCGACGAGGCGUUCGAUUUCGACGACGUUGAUUACGAAGACGACCAAGUAAAGUAUGGAUCCAUUGAAGACAGCCCUCUGUUGCGGCGGCGCUAGGUGGAAGACCACGGAACUGUGAUCUGUUUUUUUUUUGACAUUCAGUGCGGUGCAAAGAUAUCGACGGUUGCAACCGCCAAUCAACAACGCAUUCACUA